UGCGGACAUACUUCGUUAACGUGGUUACUAUGCUCUUGAACUUCACUAACCACCCAUUCAAGUGUUGCAUGAUAGUGCUUGUAUCUUUUGAGAGUAACAUUCGCUACUUGUUUGCAACACUUCAAUACACACUCUCUGACUUUGUACAAUAUAAACUGCAUUGCCAAAGACAUCCAAAUUGUUACAUGGAAACCACACACUAUUCGGGCGGUAAGUGGUAAUCGCUUGCUAGUGGCAACAAAACAGAUUUCAGCUAUGAAGCAAACGCCAAAAAGGUGUUCUGGAGAUUUGAAUUUGUGUUUUUUUUUUCACCUAUAACUCCUCGAGUGUCAUCUCACAAUGAAAAUUUGCACCCUCCUAGCACACUCAAGCAUUUUUGUUGCCAACUUUCCUCGAGUGUCAUCUUUGGAUUAUCGCUAUUGUCAUAGUUAAUGCAAUGAUAUCAUCAAGAUCUAGUUCGGUUAAAUUGCUAAGAGGGGAGAAGAGCCAUUGACACGGAGUUUCUACACUCAAUCUCGAAUACAAAAAUAAAAAAUAGUUUUAAAAUAAUACAAAAUUGAUUUUUGGUAACAAACAUUUUUCAGUUUUCUACAUGUGUGCAAAUUUCCGUGAAGAAAAAACAUUUCGUAAUACUUUCAAAAAUAGAUGCUAAAAAACUAAGCAAUGUUUCUUAAUCAAUUCUUUUUUCCCUUGAUUUUUUCGGAUUCUACUGUUCAUAACAGGAGCAUUUGAACUUAGAAUUAGAAAAACACCCCCGAAAGAGCCGCAUUAUAUUUCAUUUUGGUUUUGGUUUUUUUAUGAUCAGAUCUCUUGUCAUGUUUCCGUUGCUAAAUAAAACUCCCCCCGUCUCAUAAUAUAAGAAUGUUCUUCAAGCUAAACAGCUUGAAAAACGUUCUUAUAUUAUGGGACAGAGGGAGUAGUAUGUAGCUAGCUAUAAUUUAUUUUAUGGGCACAAUUGUGUGCCAUAUCUCAUUUAAAUUCACCUUUUUUUUAAAUGGGAGCAUUGGAGCAUGUGAGAAUUGGCGUAACUGGAUAUUUUGAAAAUAUAAGCAUUAUUUUGGGCUCGGCCCAAAUCCUACACUUUUUUCUAACAAAAGAUAAAAAUGCAUAAAGAAAGCCCAAAGUACAUUUUUCAUCAUCGGUGCCCAGCCCAAGUAGCUGAAUAAAACCCGAAGUUACUCACGGCGCAGUUUUUAGGGUACUCCGCCGCCAUUUCCUGCUCCCUUUCUCAAGCCCCAGCUUCCAUGGCUCAUGCCUGGCUCCGUCCAGCCGGCCGCGCCGACGAUAGUCAAGACGACCCGGACUCCCCAACUCCUCCAGGGACGGUCCUCCUCGACCCGCUGGCCUACAUCGACGGCGAGCGCAACGCCACCACGGCCGCCGCCGCCAGGAGCAACGGCGGCCCCAUCCAGGUCACCUUCUGGAUCGCCCGCCCGCCGCGCGUCUCCCACCUCGCCGUCCACUGCGCCGGCCUGGCACCCGACGCGUUCCCCGAGCUGCCGCUGGUCGUCGCCACGGAUGACGACCUUGCGCUCAUCCGCAUCUCCGUCUCCCGUCCGCAGGGACGAGGACACGGCCGCUCGGACGAGUUCUUCGUCUACCGCGCCGGCGCUGGCACCGGCGGACGUCCGCCGCUUCUUCUUAUGAUCCCCGAGCCCCAACAGCUUUACGGGGACAGGAAGGUCGGAAUCCUGAGCUGCCGGGCUGACGAUAAGUUCUUCAUCGCCACCCUCGUCUCAGACCCCUUCACACGCCAUGAUCGUCAUACGACGCGCUGCAUCCACCUGUUCGACUCGGAGACCUUGGCAUGGAGCAGCAGGCUGGUCCACGUCGACUGGCCGACGAACAAGAAGUACCAGUACGCUGUCACGAACAAGGUGAUCACGAUUGGAGGAAGGCACGGCUCGAUUGGCUGGGUUGACCUAUGGCACGGCAUCCUCGUCUACGACGUGCUCCGGGGCUGCAACAACGACGUGCUGCGCUUCAUCCCGCUGCCGUCUCCGCCGGAGUCCGAUCUCCAACUCCAAAGCAUGGUCUACCGCUCCGAUCUCAAAGCCAAGGGGCCAACCGUCCGUCGUCCGAGACAUCAUUGGUGGCGGCGGCGCCAUCAAGUACUUCGCCAUGUACAGCCCCGGCGUCCGCACCACCGACGUCUCCGGAGACUGGCAAGCGGACACCUGGAGGAUGAAGGACCCAUGGGUGAAGUGGCAGCAAGGCCGCCACCUGAAAGCUUCCAAGAUCAUGGUGGACCACACGACACAUUCCAGCCUGCUGCCUGAUGAGCCAGACGACCAAGACGCGGAGGAAAAGCCGGUCUUGACAAGGCUCCGCGUUUGCAACCCUGUUGUGAGCCGCCAUGACGACGACGUGGUUUACAUCCUGACCAAGCCGAUGCACCAGGAUCACAAGACAUGCGUGAUUGCCGUCGACGUAAGAACCAAGGCUCUCCGAGGGGUGGAAGAGUUCGACGGAGGAAGAACCACUCAAAGAAGCACUCACUGCAUCCCAACCUACACACAGACCGAUAUCUUUAGACGUAUGGGUACCGAGGUAGAAGAAGAGGAGGAAGUGGAACAAUGGAUUGGUCAUGCCUUCUAUAAGUAAAAGUAAGUGGCCCGCGAUUGAGUUGGUCAUGACAUGAAACUAUGCAAUGUGGUUUAUGACCAAGUUCAUUAUAUUGACCAAGACCACCGAUUGUAGCUUCAGAUUGGACUACCUUAAUUAGAACCUAGAAACAUGCUUUAGUCACUUAUUAUUUCGUUUGUAUCUAUGAGAACAAUGGUCUGCAGGGAAGAUUGUAUUACCUCCGCCCAAAAAGGUUGACUUUGAUUUGUCUAGAUACGGAUGUAUGUAAACAUCUGUACAAAUGUAAGACAACCCUUCCGGAACACAGGGAGUCGGAAAUAAAUAGAAUUAAUGAUGAAUUAUUACUCUGCAA